AAUUUUUUUUUUUGUUUGAUUGUUUUCCGGCCAAUUGUUUGUACAAUGAAUCGGACAUGCAAGUCAAAGUUCUGGGCUUUCCUCUGUUCCUCUCCAUUUUCCCUCCUCUCUCUUUGCUCCUUCCUUUCUCUUUCUUCCUCUUCUGCUAUAUUCUAAUCAUUUCUUAUUCUCCACUUUCCAUUCUGUCGUCUCCUUCCCCACCAAACUCAACCAACUCUCCUCCUUUUACCUUUAUCUCUCUUUCUCUCUCUCUCUCUCUCUCUCUCUCUCUCUCUCUCUCUCUCUCUCUCUAAGCUUUUACGUUUUUAUCAAAUUCAACAUCUACUGUUACCGCUCUUGAGAUUCUCUCCCCCUAUCCGUCCCUUUCUCUGCGUCGCUAUGUAUAUGCUCGUGGACUGUUCCAACUGCCGCACGCCUUUGCAGCUCCCGCCGGGCGCUAAAUCCAUCCGCUGUGCCAUCUGCCGCGCUGUCACUCUCAUCGCUGAUCCUCGCUCUAUUCCACCACCCCCACCUUACUCUUCCUCUCCCCACCACAACUACCCGUCCCCGCCUCCCCCCUCAGCUGUUGCUCCCUCUCCGUACAACCACGCGCCGUCGGGCCCUCCUCCUUCAUCUCAUGGCAACAAGCGUGCCGUGAUAUGCGGGGUUUCUUAUAAGAACACCAGGAAUGAGCUCAUGGGAUGCAUUAAUGAUGCUAAGUGCAUGAAGUACUUGUUGAUUAACAGAUUCAAAUUCCCCGAAUCCUCCAUUGUUAUGCUCAGCGAAGAAGAGACCGAUCGUUAUAGGCGCCCAACCAAGCACAACAUGAGAAUGGCAUUGUACUGGCUGGUGCAGGGUUGUAAGCCUGGAGAUUCACUGGUGUUUCACUUUUCUGGCCACGGUUCACAGCAGAGGAAUUACUCGGGGGAUGAGGUAGAUGGAUACGAUGAAACUCUUUGUCCAACCGAUUUUGAAACUCAGGGAAUGAUUUUGGAUGAUGAGAUCAAUGCUACAAUUGUCAGACCUCUUCCUCGCGGGGCUAAGCUUCAUGCAAUUAUCGAUGCUUGCCAUAGUGGCACUGUGUUGGAUUUACCAUUUCUUUGCAGGAUGGACAGGAAUGGGAAGUAUAUCUGGGAGGAUCAUCGCCCUCGAUCAGGAGUGUGGAAAGGAACAAAUGGUGGAGAGGCCAUCUCCUUUAGUGGCUGUGACGAUAAUCAAACCUCUGCUGACACUUCGGCUCUCUCGAAAGUUACUUCAACAGGUGCAAUGACUUAUUCUUUCAUCCAAGCAAUUGAGCGUGGACAUGGAACUACAUAUGGGAACAUGUUAACUGCAAUGCGCUCUACCAUUCGAAAUACAGACGGAGGGCUUGAUGGUGGCAUUGUGACAUCUCUUCUUACAAUGCUCUUAACAGGAGGGAGUCUCAGUGGGUCUAGACAGGAACCACAAUUAACAGCCAACGAAACGUUUGAUGUCUAUUCGAAACUUUUUUCCUUGUAACAAAAAAGGACAUGUCUCUGCUUUCUUCCUUAUUGUCAGAUUGAGGAUGUCCUUGUGUACAGUUGAGCAGAAAUAAAUUUCAAUCAUUCACUGUCUCUUUUGAUCUGCAAACGCAAUAUCUUGGCCGUGUUAUCUCAACGGUGAUUAUCAAGACUCUAGUGAUUGUUUAUUUUGUUUAUGUGCAGAGCAAUUUUUAUC